AUUUAGGGCUAGGGCCGACUCCCAGCAGAAUCUUCUGUUUUGGUCGUCCAUCGUCAGAAAACACCACCGCCGGUUCUUCUUCACCAUCGCCGCUCUGUCUGCUGUUUGCUGUUUCUUCUUCUUUCGCUUUUAGAAGACCACGAAAGACUAAGACGGUCUCCGCUGUGCCUCGCGGUGUAGACUACAAAGAGACACCUUUCUUUAGAUACCACCUGUCUCGGUCAUUCACACACCACCACCACCAUGCCCGCCCGCGCUACUUCCCCGCCUUCCAUCUCCUCCGCCUCCUCCUUCGUCCACAAGCCCUUCCGCUUCUGGCAGCGUCAGCAGGACGAUCGUCAAUCCGCCUACUCCCUCGUCGCCGCAAAGAAGCGCCGCUGGUGGUCGCCCGCCUCGAUCCGCCGCCUCGGCGUCGCCCUCCUCGGUUUCAACGUUCUCCCCGUCACCAUCCUCGCCGUCGCCACCUACGCCUCGCUCCUCAUCACCACCUAUGUCAUCCAGUUUGCAAACCCGCAGACCGAUUCACCCGCUGCUGCCUUCGCCGCCCCCGGCUCGUACUCCUACGAGGUCGAAGAAGCUUGGUACAACUUGCAGGUAAUCUCGGAGCAGAUGCACCCUUACAACUCCCACGCAAACGACUACGUCCACGACUUUAUCCUCAACAAGACCUACGAGAUUGCAAACUACUCCCACUCGCCCGCGAUCAACGUCGAAGUCUACGACGACUACGGCAACAACGUCACCUUCCGCCAGAAAGACCUCUGGGAUCCGAACGCGCCCUCGGGAAAGAUCAUCUACUACGAGUCCAACAACGUCCUCGUCAAGCUCGAGGGCCUCGAUCCAAACCUCCCCGCCGUCCUUGUCUCGGCCCAUUUCGACAGCGUCUCGACCGCCUACGGCACCACCGACGACGGCGUCGGAAUCGUCACCCUUCUCGCCAUGCUGCACGAGUUUGCCAACCGCGAUCAGCCUCCCUUGCGCACAAUCAUCUUUUUGUUCAACAACGCGGAGGAAUUCGGCCUGUACGGCGCCGAAGCCUUCUUCUACCACGAAUGGUCCGAUCUCGUCUCGACUUUCUACAAUCUCGAAGGCACCGGCGCCGGCGGCCGCGCCGUCCUCUUCCGCGCAUCUGACUACGGUGUCGCCGAUCACUUCUCGGCCGCGCCCAUGCCGCACGCCAACUCGCUUUUGCAGGAAGGAUUCGAGCACGGCGUCAUCAGAUCAGAGACCGACUACCGUGCGUUUGAGAACCAUGGGCUGCGUGGAAUGGACGUGGCUUUUUAUACCCCGCGUUCGGUCUACCACACAAAGGGCGACAGCAUCCAGGGUACUAACCGCGGAAGCGUCGAGCAUAUGUAUGAGACUUCUGUCGCCACUGUUGACUCCAUGGCCAACGAUCCUGAUCUCGACGCAUCUUCCAAGAGCAAGCCUGUUUUCUUUGACUUAUUUGGAGAGGCUCUGUUUGUCGCACCGGUUCAGACAUUCUUUGUCGUGGACACAGUCCUUCUAGUUGUCACCCCCAUCAUUCUCUUCCUUUUGCUCUUCGGACUCGCAAAAUCGCGCAAGCUGAACCUCGGCAAGCGUGGCUGGGGCCGCUUCCCUGUCUCGAUCGUGGUCUCGACCGCGAUCCUGUUUGGCGUGCUGAUGGGUCUACGACGGGCGAACGCUCUGAUUUUCUACUCGCAUGUCGGGUUGCCGUUUAUUGCGCUCGCGUCACUCUACUUUUUCCUCAACUACUUCAUUCUUGCCGGUGCGCACCGCAUGAAGCCGGUUCGGCAUCAAAAGUUCAAGAUCUUGCUGCAACUGUACUUUUUGUGGUGGAUCGUGCUCGUGUACGCCAACGUGGAGGAGAACCGCAUGUCUGGCACUGGUCUGUACUGGGUGACGUUCAACUUUGUGGGCGUCUCGUUCGCGCUCCUGCUCGACAUCAUCGCGCUCUACUUUGAGCCUGCUGCGCCGAUGUACUUUAUGGCGCGCGCAGAGGUGAUUGGCUCCGAGCAGAGGUAUAUGGCUGCUGACGACGAGAUCGACCAUAUCUCCCCGCGAAGCGACCACAACGCCAACGACGACGAGGACGAUGACGAGGAUGAGGACGGGGUUGCGUCUGAGGAUGCGCCGCUGCUGGGCGAGAGCGCGAGCGAGCAGCAGGCCGGGUUCAGCAAGAAGCUCGAGGGGCGGAUUGAUUUCGCGUGGCUGCUCGAGUUUUUGAUUCUUGUUCCGUUCUCGGUCUUUUUGACGUCGCAGAUUGGAUUUUUGGCGCUCGCGGCCGUGCAGCAGACGUUGCAGGAAGGCGGUCCGUCGAUCUACAACGUGUACCUCAGUCUAUUUGUGUUUUUGAUUAUUCUGAUGUACCCGAUCCUGCCGUUUAUGCACAAGAUCCACGUGGUUGUGCCGUUUGUGCUGCUGCUGGCUUUCAUUGGUACGUUUAUCGCGUCUGCGGUUCUCGCACCGUUCUCAGCGACGUCGCCGAUGAAGAUGUCGUUUAUCCAGCAAAUCGACCUCGAUAACGACGACGCGGGCGCGAUUGUGACGGUGACGGGUCUGGAGCCGUACACGGAGAAUAUCCUGCGAGAUCUGCCGUCGCUGAAGAACAUGUCGUACUACGACGAGAGCGAGGAGUGGUAUCUGAAGUGCGAGCCUGCGAGCGCGAGGGGCGUGAGCAAGUGCCAGUACCCGGGGCUGUAUCCGAAUGUGUCGUAUGGGUUUGCGUAUGAUUGGCUGAAUGUGUCGAUGUAUAACGCGACCUACAACUUUACGGAUGAUGAGCCGGCUGCUGCUCCUGAGGUGAUGAGCAUUUUCCAGUCGCAGGUGUUUAAGCGUGCCGCAGAGGAGGAGGAGGAGGAUGUUGCGUACUACAACGCGACGGUCGAGAUCUACGUGAACAACUCGCGAUCAUGCGUGAUGCAAUUCGCGCCGCCCUUCGCGCCGUUCGAGUUCAGCGGGUUCGCACCCAACUCGACAAAGUACGCGACGAACGAGAGCAGUCUGAGCGCGCAGAGCGAGCUCGCGUUUGGAAAGUACGUUGUGACGAGUGUGAGUGUGUCGACGAACGCGACGAACGAGACGUAUGCGGAGCCGAUAACGUGGGAGGAAGGGAUUGAUAAGAUUUCUCUGUUCAAGCUUGAUUUCGACACGCCGUUUAUUGUGUCGUUGAUGUGGAAGGACGCAGAGGAUGUAGAGGAGGGAGAUAUCGACGACGACGGGCUGAAGGUGUACGUCGGCUGCCAGUGGGCAGAAUGGAAAGAAGGAAUGAUCCCCGCGCUCGACGAGCUCGACAAGUACCGCACGUCGUGGUCGGCGGUGACCAAGAGCGGCGUGGGACUGGUCGAGGUGUGGAAAGAGAUUGAGCUCUUCGACACUGAGUAUGCGGUUUGAUUAUAAGAUGGAGCGAUAGUUGCGGUUUUGCUAUACUGUUUUUGGUUGUGUUUUGUUUUGUGUUUUGUGUUUUGUGUUUUGUGUUUUGUUAUUGGCUGGUAUCGUCUUUUUUUAUAUUUAUAAUUAUUCGUUGUGUACUUCUUCUCCAUUAUUAUGGCACCGGUGUUUUUCUCCUCUUUUUCUCCUUUUUUUAUCUUUGUCUUUGUUUUGUUUACUUGCAACUGUUUUUGUGUAAUGCGUUUUGUGUUUGUGAUAUUUGAUACAGUUGAAAGUAUUACUAGAAUAGACGGGGUCGGAUAUUUUUUAUUUUUUACAAAUGACAGGUUUAUUCUCAAUCGGAU